AUGGGGCUCCCACUCUCCGAGUCCUGUGGAUGUGGCUGCAGCUUCAACCUGCGCAUUGGAAGGCCUAAAGGGCCCCGGGACCCCCCUGCUGAGUGGACCCAGUAUAGAGGACUUUCGGAAUUCACUAAGAACAUGUAUGAAUCAUUAGAAAGCCCAAAUGAGCUCAUCCUAGCCUGGGAUGCUUCAGGCCAUGACAUUACAGAGGUCUCUAUGCUGAUCCAUGAGUACUACAGGGAAGCCCCCAACCCCAUUCACCUCAUUGUGGACAUGAGCCUCGAGAUUGGCUGUGUGAGCAUCAAGGCCUAUUUCAGCACUUAUGGUGUCCCUGGGAAGACCAAGGGGGUGAUGUUCAUACCUCUAUUAGUGAAAUAUGCACAUUAUGACUAAACACAUUGAGUUGAGCUGAUCAUGGAGUCCUGUUUUAGCCCCAACCAGGUGAUCAGACUCUCAAGCGACUUUCAGCAAGUAGGAGGGACAUCGGCUUGCAUAUAGGAUGCCCUGAGCACAGUGUUGCAGUAUGCAGAGGAUGUGCUGUCUGGAAAGGUAUCAGCUGACAAUACUGUGGGCCACUUCUUGAUGAGUCUGGUUAACUAAGUACCCAGGAUAAUUCCCAAUAACUUUGAGACCAUGCUCAAUAGCAACAUCAAUGACCUGUUGAUGGUGACCUACCUGACCACUCUCCCACGGUCACAGAUUGUCCUCAGUGAGAAACUUGUAAACCUUCAAAUGGGCCCUAAGUAGUACUCCUGCCAGGCUUGGCCACCCUAGGACCAGAAUGGAGUGAAACAGGAUGGUUUCCUCGUGGUUUGAGUCAGACUGAGUCAGUCAACUACUUGUGACUCUAAAUAAACAUAGCCUACCUUUGUAGAGAGAGAGAGAGAAAGAGAGAGAGAGAGAGAGAGAGAGAGAGAGAGAGAGAGAGAGAGAGAAACUAGAAUAUAAAGGAUUCAGCCCUAGAACUCUGCCAAAUGGCAGGGGAGCAGCUGAAACUCACUCUGGAUCAGAGGGACUAAGGAGUUCCAUGAUUACCAUUUUCCCUCCACCAUGACAGCAUGGACAGGAGCAGGGUUUGGGCAUCCUGGCUGGUCUACUGCCUCAGUGGGCCCCAGGCUCCUAGCCCAUACCAACCACAGCCAUCCUACCAAGGCAGUCCCAGCAUGG